CUGGAAGCUGGGCCUGACCCACAUCGCUUGCUGCUGCUGCUGCUGCGGAGAGGUUUCCUUCCCCAUGUAAAUCAAUGGGGUUGGCUUCCUGCCGCCCUCCCUCCUUCCUCUGCAGCGUGAAUGGCUUGCAGCAGUCACAUGUCGCCGCCGCCGCUGACACGGACUGACCGGGGCAGCUGGUGGGCAGCCUCUCCAGCCCAUUGGGCCUCCCAGUUCGGAAGCCGCCGGCCAGCGAUUGCAUUCAUGCGCGGCUUGCGCUCUUCCCAGUGGCUCCAUGGUGCCCGCCGUAUUGCUCCCAUUGCAAGACACCAUCCAUGUUUGCUGGUUGGAGGAAUGGCCCAGCCAUGAAUGGUGACGCCGUCUGCCAAGAGCCUCCCUCCUCCCAGCUUCCCGACUGGAGGGAAUUCUGCGAGGUCCACGCCCAGGCGGCCGCGGUGGACUUUGCCCAGAAGUUCUGCCAGUUUGUGAAGGAGAACCCCCACUACGACACCCCCGGGGCAGAGGCCUCCUUCUCCCACCACUUUGCCGCCAACUUCCUGGACGUCUUUGGCCUGGAGGUCAACCGGGUGUUUGCCUCCGACUCGCCCACGACCUACAACAUCGUGCCCUUUGUGGGCCUCCAGAACUGCCACAUGCCUUAUGGGAGGGACCUCUUGCCCAGGAAGGAGCAGACCUCCUCGGAGUCCUUGGACAGCAUGGACAACCCGGUCGCCGCCACCACCACCAGUGGCGGCAGAUACCUCAGCCAGUCACAGCAGGCCCAAGCCCGGAAGGUCUCCUCCUACGGCCAGUCCCGCAGCUCAGAGGACAUCUCUGUCCACGGCAGCCUGAAGCCCAGGUUCAAGAAAGGGUUCUCCUUGCGGAACAUGAGCCUGUGCGUGGUGGACGGCAUGAAGGAGAUGUGGCACCGGAGGUCUUCUCCGGAGCCCGGGGCGGAGGCGGCACAAGGCCGGCGGCCAGACCGAGAGCCGUGUCCCUCCGCAAACAAGGAGCACGGUGACCCCAGGGAGAAAUGGACCCACAAGCUCCGGCUUUCCAAAGGACAGUCUUCCAAGGUGGACCUGGUGGACAUCCAGAGGGAAGGGACACUCCGCUACAUGGUGGCUGACGAUACGAACUGUGUGGGGAGCCCUCAGUGGCAGAAGUGCCGCUUGAUGCUGAGGAAAGCCGUGAAGGUGGAAGGGGAAAAGUUCCUCCUGGAGUUUUACGUCCCUCCUAAGGCCUCCAAAGCAAAGGUCAGCAUCCCACUCUCGGCCAUCAUCGAGGUGCGCACAACCAUGCCUCUGGAGAUGCCCGACAAAGACAACACGUUUGUCCUGAAGGUAGAAAAUGGUGCCGAGUACAUCUUGGAAACCAUUGACUCGCUGCAGAAACACUCCUGGGUGGCGGACAUACAAGACUGCAUAGAUCCUGGGGACAGUGGCGAUGAUAUUGAACUCGCCUCUUGUACCCAGGGAGCCUGCCUGCCAAGCAGGGUGUCCUCCUGCAGCUGUGAGUUCCUCGCUGAUGAUUUGUCCCGGUUUCCUGACCGAUGUGCCGGUUCCGCAGCUCCGUCGGACGCCCCACUCAACGUGGCCACCGUCGUCACUGCACCGCACAGCCGGAGCAGAGACUCUGUGGGAGAACACAGAGCCCACGUGCCCCUCGAGAACUUCCUGCAGACCUUGGACUCGCCAGCCACCGGGGGACAUGCGGCAGGAGAGGAAAGCGAGACGGAAGCGGAGCUCAACCUCUCGGACUUCCCUUGGUUCCACGGGACGCUCUCGCGGGUCAAAGCGGCUCAGCUGGUGCUGUUUGGCGGAGCCAGGAGCCACGGGCUGUUUGUCAUUCGGCAGAGCGAGACACGGCCUGGCGAAUAUGUGCUGACCUUCAAUUUCCAGGGGAAAGCCAAGCACCUGCGCCUCUCCUUGAACGAGAACGGCCAAUGCCACGUCCAACACCUUUGGUUCCAGACCAUCUUUGAUAUGCUGAGGCAUUUCCACAUGCAUCCCAUCCCUCUGGAGUCCGGAGGCUCUGCCGACAUCACGCUGCGCAGCUACGUUGUGGCGCAGGGUCCGUUGCCCGACGCGAGUCCCGCCUCGGCGGUCGCUUCCCAGCCGCCCACGUGCCGGAGUGACCUCCAGUCCCAGCACUACUUCUCCAGCUUCGUCCCGGUCACCUUCCAGCCGGCCUCCCCUUCGGAAGGCACCGCCUCCUCCUCCUCUUCCUCCUCCGCCAGCCAUUCGCUCUACCAUCGCAUGGACGGCACCCUCGGCGGCGCCCGGAGCCGGAGCAACAGCACCGAGCGCCUCUUUGCUUCCUCCGCCUCGGGAGCGGAGGACUACCACGAGAGCGAGAGUGCGCGGAGCAGAACCCGAGCCGUGGAGAACCAGUAUUCGUUCUAUUGACGGCACUGUUGGGGGGUCGCGGCGGUCAGUCCCCGCUUCCCCAGCACUCCUGGCGUCCGAAUGCGUGAGCGUGUGCGGCACCCGCAUCUCUUCCUCCCUGUUCCAAGCAUCCCGGCCGGAGAGGAUGCCACAACACACACAACGGUUACCUCUUUCUUACACUGUGUAACAAAAUUCGCAAAAGUGUUCUGUUCCUGGUUUGAAAGUGUUAUUUCCUGUUUAAUUGUGCAAUCCUGAGUUUGAAAGCAGAAACUUGGGUGUUUUUUUGUUUGUUUGUUUUUGUGGCUGCCGCAAACUAAGUGGAAUUGGUCGAGAAAGCUAUUGCCAAAUGUGCAAUAGCGGGAUGAUAAUGAUGUCCCUCCCACAGAAAAGACGUUUUGGCCGUUUUAAUAAACUUUCCCCGUGUUUUUUAUGAUGAUAGAACCAAUUAGGAAAUGUAUUUAUUUUAUUUAUUGGCAGUAUUUAUAUUCCGCAGAUCACAAUGCACAUGUACAUGGCAAACGUUCAAUGGCAUUUUAAACAUGUGACAUAUGAGGCAAUUUAACAUUCCAGCUUUUCCGGCCUCGUGAGGGUAGGCUCCUUUCCGGCCACAGGGGGAGCCGCCACUUGUGACACCGAGUCCUAUGAUGGAGUACUUCCUCAUUCUUCUGCACGCUGCUGGAAGGUUUUAUGGCAUCGUAAAUGAGCCUAAAGCGGUACCUAAAUUUCCAACUGUCUUUCGGGCUGCAAAGGUCGACAGCAAGCUAGACUAAUGGCUGGAAGCUCACUUCAAAUUCAUCACCUCUCCGUCUGUAGUGAUGUAAUGCAGCUGCGCCACAGCCCGGUCCUGCAAAAUGGCAUUUAUUAUAACCCAGGAAGAAAACCCAUAGUGUGACAUAUGAGUAGAAAGAAGACAGAACCAGAAUGUCCGUGUCUCCGUUUGUCUUCACCUCAAUGUUCUCCUUCAGUUCAAUUCAGGAAGGAGAUGUCUCGAGAUGGGAGGUGUGUCGGCAAAUCUUUUCAAGACUUCAGAUUGCAAAAGAAAAGAAUGACGAUCCUCUGGAGAUGGCAGCCACUGAUGGAGGCGAAAUGUCAGGAGCAAAUGCUGCUAGAACAUGGCUUGGAAAAAGCACACAACACUCCCAACUCUCUCUUUGGUCCCGAGCGUCCCUGUAAAUAGGUAUGAAUGUAGAGGUUCUUGAAAUUCGUUGUGCCAUCUCCUCCUCCCAAGUCCUGAAGUGAUGGGUGCUUCACCUUGAGUCAAAGCAAGACUAGGGCACAAAGCUGUGGGUUUUCCAGGCUGUCUGGCCAUGUUCCAGAAGCAUUCUCUCCUGACGUUUCGCCUGCAUCUAUGGCAGGCAUCCUCAGAGGUUGUGAGGUCUGUUGGAAACUAAGCAAGUGAGGUUUAUAUAUCUGUGGAAUGAUGUCCAGGGAGGGAGGCAAGUGCCAAUGUUGCAAUUGACUGCCUUGAUUAGCAUUGCAUAGCCUUGCAGCUUCAAAGCCCGGCUGAUUCCUGCCUGGGGGAAUCCUUUGUUGGGAGGUGUUAGAUGGCCCUGAUUGUUUCCUGUCUGGAAUUCCCCUGUUUUCUGAGUGUUCCUCCCCAAGUCCCUUCGGGGAGAGGGUGCCACAAUAUAAAUAAAGUUUGUAUUUUCGAAGACUUUCAUGGCCGGAAUCACUGGGUUGUUGUCGUUUGUUUCGGGCUGUAUGGCCAUGUUCUAGAGGCAUUCUCUCCUGACGUUUUGCCUGCAUCUAUGGCAAGCAUCCUCAGAGCUUGUGAGGCCUGGGGACAUCCUUUGUUGGGAUGGUAAUCAAGGUGAUCAAUAGCAACAUUCCCACUUGCCUCCAACAGACAAGAGUUCUUUCUCCUACCCUGGACAUUGUUCUAUAUAUAUAUAUAUAUAAACCAUCUCCAAUUCCUGUCUGCUCUCUGCCUGGGGACAUCCUUUGUUGGGAUGGUAAUCAAGCUGGACAAUGGCAACAUUCACACCUCCCUCCAACAGACAAGAGUUCUUUCUCCCACCCUGAACAUUGUUCCACAGAUAUAUAAACCAGCUUCAGUGCCUGGCUGCUCUCUGUCUGGGGGCAUCCUUUGUUGGGAUGGUAAUCAAGCUGGCCAAUGGCAACAAUCACACCUCCUUCCAACAGAGAAGAGUUCUUUCUCCCACCCUGGACAUCAUUCUACAGAUAUAUAAACAUUGCUUGCCUUGUUCCACAGAUAUAUAAACCAGCUCCAAUUCUUGGCUGCUCUCUGCCUGGGGGCAUCCUUUGUUCGGAUGGUAAUCAAGGUGGCCAAUAGCAACAUUCCCACUUGCCUCCAACAGACAAGAGUUCUUUCUCCUACUCUGGACAUCAUUCCAUAGAUAUAUAAACCAGCUCCAGUGCCUGGCUGCGCUCUGCCUGGGGGCAUCCUUUGUUGGGAUGGUAAUCAAGCUAUACAAUAGCAACAUUCUCACUUGCCUCCAACAGACAAGAGUUCUUUCUCCCACCCUGGACAUCAUUCUACAGUUCUACAGCCUAGUUUCCAACAGACCUCACAACCUCUGAGGAUGCCUGCCAUAGGUGUGGGAGAAACGUCAGGAGAGAAUGCUUCUGCAACAUGGCCAGGCAGUUCGGAAAACUCACAGCAACCCAUUUGAAAAAAAUGUGUGUUCCUGGUUUGAACGUGUUAUUUCCUGUUUGGUUGUGCGGUCCUGACUUUGAAAGAGUUGCUCUGCAGAAAGUUCCUUUUUUUGUGCCAAAACUAGGUUGAAUUGGUUGAGAUUCUGUUAUGAGAUAUUCACUGAAAAACUAGAGCAAAAUAAUGUGCUAUAGCAGGACGUCCCUCCCUCCCUCCCUCCCACAAAACAAACAAACAACAACAACAACAAGCUUUUGGCAGGUUUUCCCAUGCAACGACCAUGAUGGCAAACUGGAAAUUGACUUCGGCGCCAAUAUGAACAACAAAGCGGUAAAAACGCAGACUGAAAAGGAGCGACAGAGUGAAAACUUCAUUUGUAAAUAUGUUUUGUUUUGUUUUUCCAGUGUGAAAAAUUACAAAUGUUUCCGUAUUAUUCUAUUUACAAAACAAACCUUUUAAAGAACUGAAGUGGGGAGGGGGGAAGAAUGGCGUCCUUUCGUUUUUAUUCUAUUUCAUACUUUUUUUUUUAGGUCGGGAGGAUGAGAAAUAAAAGAAGUCCUGAAUUAA